CGAGACUCUUGGAGUUACAGAAGAUCUGAACAUGUCUGUAUAUGCGAUCGGUCAUCCCGAAACCUCUUCUAGGAAUCGUCGAGACAAUCUACAUCCCUCUGUCUCCUUCUAGGCACAUUCCACAAUGUGCUCGUUUCUGAUCACCAACUUGUUGCUGUACAACUUGACGUACGUCAACUAUUUCCAGAAAUUUCGAGGUCCAGACUACACGAAUGUCGUUCGUUUCAACAACUACAUCUUCGUGCACAACCUUCUGUGGCAGACUGGGCCUUUGACGCCGCAGCCGUUCUGGUCUCAAACACAGACAAGAAGUCAUGCUGAUGGCGUUUCUCCUUCUAGUGCUAGCAGCAGAAAAUCCGCGGCAAUAGUCGGAUCUUCUGGUGCGCACACACCACAGGACGCUUCCGUCGUUGCGCUGUUUAAUGGUGAGAUCUACAACUAUCGGCACCUCAUCGAAGAGCAUAAUCUGGUUUUGAAGAAGACGAGUGCGCAGUCCUUCGAACAAGAGGGCAACGAAGAUGGUGCGACAACUGCUCCCAGUGAUGGCGCGGUCUUGUUGCCACUGUACGAGAAAUUCGGAACACGCUUUGUUCACUUACUGCGGGGUGAGUUCGCUCUUGCAGUGUACGAUUUCGCGAGGAAAAUCGCGCUAGUUGCCACGGAUGCGUUCGGUACAAAGCCCGCACACUUUCAUGUAUCGUCUCCGGGUGUUGAUGCCGGUAGUAAUUUUCACAGCAAAGUAGGACCACAGGAGGUUCUUGCCGGUUUGUCGGUUGCAACGUAUGCUAGUGCUCUACGACGUAGUCUGGAGCAGGAUAAUGCAGUGCAGGCAACGACACAAGAUCGACGGCGUCACGAUAAUGAUGCGGAUGUGCCUUCAAGUCGCGACGCACGAAUGUUUCCGGAACUUGGCAUUCACUUGGGCGAAGGCGUACAUCAGAUGCAUCCCAACACCGUGGCGGUGUUCAGUUUAGAUACAGGCGUGCUUGUAGAAAAGCGCUCGUUCUUCGAAUUUGAUAUGCGGCAGUGGAAAAACCACACACGAGAUUGGGUGGCGGCAUUCGAUCGAUCGGUGCGUGAUCGCGUCCAGUACGCACAACACAGAGUUUUUCUGACCUUGUCCUCAGGAUUUGACUCCGGGUUGCUACACCUCGCUUAUCUAUUACUGGGUGCGGGACUUAGCGCCACUGACGAGGAGGAUUGCCAGCUGAGCCAUGGGGACGAGUCAAGUAGUGCGAAACUAAAAGCGGUCGUUUCUCUACCACAUGGUACUAGCAGCGAGGGGCGUCAAAAGUUAUUGACGUUUUCUGUGCGCGGUAAGGAGUUUGUGCCGCUGAUCGAACAGCGCGUUGCCUUCUCACAGCGAUUGAGAUCAGCGGUACAGCGCGACGAAUGGAGAGAAAUAGUUCAGUCUUCAGUUUCAGCGUCUGAUGCCAGCGAAGAAAAGAGAAAUCAACUAGUGCAACUAGGUGGUCCGCACACACUGGCUAUCUUGCUUGAAUUUGGCGCGCAAACAGACGAAGAGGAACUUGAACGGCUUCUGCGCAAGUGCGAGCCUUACCGCUAUCAGAUGAGCGAGUUGCCGGAGUUGCUAGAAUAUUACGCACCAGACUACCUGAUUUGGCGCGAUCCGGCCGCAAAGGGUCUGAGUCUGAUUUACCAGUUCGCAUUACGUCACGGAAGUAAGAUAUUCCUUUCAGCGACCGGCGGGGACGAGAUUUUCGCUGGUGAUUACGGUACGUUUGGAAGAGAUAGCUACGGCAAAAUGGGGAAACAAGGGGCUUUCCCCUCAGAUGCCGGUGGCCUUGCGGGAAUUUUUCCGUGGCACGGCUUCUUUCUGCAGCGCAUGCGAGACUAUCUGAUGAAAGAAGAGAUGGUUGCAGGUGUAUACGGGAUCGAGGCGCGCUUCCCGUUUUUAGAUCCGGCUGUAGUGCAGGAGUUUCUGUGGCUCUCUGCGGAAACCAAAAACUCCGAAUACAAGCGCGUCAUAGCAGAUUAUAUGCGAAAACGCAGUGUGAGAGUAGAUAGUUCUCGUGCAAAACAAGACGCAGUCUCAAAAGAUAGUACCAGAGCCGCUACCCUGAAUUCCUUAGUCCGACAGGCCACUAAAAGAACCUCCGUUGACAGGGAUGAUCAUAAAAGAGUAAUGAAGCCGCGUUCGGACAUCCUCAGAUAUCCUUUUGUUGGUGGGAAAUUAGGUUUUAGUGUUUCACCCUGGGAUGCUGCUUCUUUUCCUGGCUGGCGACAUCGAGUCACUGCAAUGAUUAAACAAUGAAAGCUGGGAACCUCGUUGCUAUCGCAGUAGCACUCUGUGUUGAGCGUCUUUGUGUCGAAUGGAAAAAAGUCCCAUCAUUAGCAC